CGAACACUACAAUAUCGCAAGGGUACCUWGGAUUUGCUAACGAAAAGCCCCGAAAAUAUCACAUUAUAGAGGAUCCAAGGCAUUGAUUCAGCAAUCAAGAUGGGUGUCAUGAGUGAGAUCCAGCUGAAAAGGCUGUCAGAGCAUAAGUACAGCGCUCAGUGCACGUCUCUSUUGGACCCUGUGUUUCAGAUCUGGUGGCGAUGGCUUGUUGAACAAAUGCCUUUAUGGCUUGCACCGAAUCUUUUAACAAUGAUGGGCUUUUUGGCCAACUUAAUUCCUAAUUUUAUUCUGAUAUAUUACUGUCCUCAAGCAUUUGGAAACGCGCCACGAUGGGUCUACUUUCUGUGUGGUAUUGGUGUAUUUGUGGCACAGUCAUUAGAUGCAAUCGAUGGGAAACAAGCUCGUCGGACAGGAAGCAGCUCGCCACUUGGYGAACUCAUGGAUCAUGGUUGUGAUGCCAUUGCCAUGGUAACUGGUUGCUUGUCGUUUACUAUCACUAUUCAGCUUGGAAAGGAACCAAUAUGGAUGUUUAUAAUGUGUUUUACUGGGAUUGUGUUGUUUUACGUUUCCCAUUGGCAGACAUAUGUCUCUGGUACUAUGAAGUUUGGACUAAUUGAUGUGACCGAGCUUCAAGUAGCAUCGAUUUUAGUGUACUUCUUAACUGGGUUAUUUGGUCCUGAUUUCUGGUUGAACGAGGUUCCUGUGAUAGGUGUUACUUUUCAAACAUGUAUCCUAGCUUCAUCUGUCAUGGGCUGCGUCCUGUCAGUUUGUGCAAUUUUUAGUGAAAUUUACCAGGGUGGUAUGGGGAAAAAUGGCUCCACUAUUGCUGGAACCAGUGUUCUUUCGCCACUUCUACCCAUAACUUUAACAACAUAUCUAGCCUACCAUGUAGCCGUGAAAUCACCAAUGAAUAUUUUUAUUAAGCAUCCCUGUUUGUUUUACUUGGCGUUUGGCUUUGCUGGGACCAAAGUCACACUUAAGCUUGUUGUUGCUUGUAUGAGCAAAAGUCCCCUGGAAAUAAAGGAUAUUUGUAUGCUGGGCGGUAUUAUCCAAGUACUUAAUAUCCAUUAUGGAUGCCCUAUUGACGAGAAACUACUGCUGUGUAUGAUGAUGGUACACAUGGUGUUUGAUAUAAGUCGAUACUCAAUUACUGUUUGUUCUCAAAUUUGUAAUUAUCUAAACAUCUGUUGUUUUACCAUUCCAUACAAACCCACAGAAUCAACAAAAACUAAAUAAGUUAGUAAACUGAAAUAGUUAUGUAAAAAUAGUCGAGGUGAAUUGCACAGCAGUAUUGCACUGAAAUCACAUGACGUCGGCCAUUAUGGUUGACAGAAACAUUGGUUUUGACCUGGCAUCACCUUUAAAAGUGAGUUAAGAGUAAUUUGUAUCCAACRAAUUUGACAAACAAAGAAGUUAAUAACAAUUACCUUGUUUAUAUUUCCAAAAAAGAAAUUUCAACCAUGAUAUUUUUGUUUUGGCAUACCCAGAUGACUAGCGGCAAAUAGAAUAUGUGUGAAGGACAACCAAGGGUUGUYUGGGCAUAGUUGUGACACAGAAAGCUGUGUAUAAACAGCCUAUGAAAGGGCCAUGUGCAGCAGCGCCAUUUUGUUGAACAAAGCAUGAUGGAAGUUGUAGCCCUUGAACUGAUUAUAGACAAUAAAAUAUCUACCCAAAAGCCAUGUUUUCUUUGUAGAAWCGGUACAACUACUUCUAUUUUUACUUAGAAAAAGCUGCUUAGAAUGGCCAUUGUAGCAGACAUACAAAAGUGUGAGGACUACAACUACCAUCAUAAAAGCUGCACAAAAUGGCAUCGCAGCAAGUCGCCURUUAUUCUAAACUAWYAGCUGYAGUCUCCUAGGCCAUUUUUGUUUAUUGUUAAUACCAUGUAAAGUAUGAAUCAUGGCGACAAUCUUGGAUAGUUUCCAUGGCAACCUCUUCUAUCAAAGAAAGCCAAACYGGCUCCCUYACUCUGUUUAAAGAGGCUAKAUUACCUGUCUGAGAUGGUUGCCAUGAUAACGUACUGUGUUGUAACUUUUUAAAUUCUUAAAUAGUAUAAAUUAUAUGUGAAGUUGCAGUUUAAUCCAUGGAAAACAAGUAAAAAAAAUCCCAUAACUUACAAAUAAACCAUGUAGUUGUGUUUUA